AUGAUUGAUAUCUUACCAAAAGAAAUCAACUCAAUUAAAGAUAGAAAAAAAAAGAAAAGAGAAAGAAGAAGAAUUGUUGAUGUUCAAAUUACUAAUGGAAUAAAUUCAACAUCAAAUCUUUGCACAAAUAAUCAAACAGUUUCAAGCUUUUUACCUGUAAUAAUUGAUCAACAAUUUAAAUCAAAUAAUAAUAAUAAUAUCAAUAAUAUUAAUAAUAAUAGGAGCUCAUUAAAAAUCAAUAUAAAUAAUAUAAUAAAUACAAAAAAAGAAGAAAUAGUUGAAAGUUCAAAUAAUUUUGAUUCUACAACAAAUGUAGAAAAUUGUUCUUCUUCUUCUUCAUCUUCAUCAUCAACAACAACAAUUGAUGAUUGUAUUAAUUAUAAUAAUAUUAGUAAUAAAAAUAAUAAUAAAAUAUAUAAACAAGAUCAAUUAAUAUUUAGAAUGGAAGUAGACGGAGGUCUUAAUGAAGAUGAUAUUUAUCAUGGUAAAAAAAUGAAUAAAAAUAAAAAUAUAGAAGAAUCUAUUGAAAUAGGGAUGAUGAAUGAAGAAAAUAAUGAAGUUAGUUCAUAUGAAUAUAUGGAUAUUGAUAAUAAUAGUUGGUAUAGUGGUGAUCCAUUUGUUUCGGAAGUUUUAAAGGAUGAAAAGGAAACAUUGGGAUUAAUUGAAAAGAAGAGAUUAGAAUUAGAAUCUGUUGAACGUACCAUUUCAACCUUAAGAGAAGCAAAAGAUUCAAUUUUAAAAGAUAUAAUGAUAAAAACUCAAUUUUUAAAAAGUGUUCAAAGAAAAAAAGAAGAUCAAAUUAAAACCAUAACCAAUAGUUAUCAUUCAAUUGCAACAAAAUAUAAUCUUUCACAAAUUGAAUCACGUUCAUUAACAUUAAUCUUACCAGAAGAAGUGAUGUUACAUAUUUUAAAAUUUUUAUCACCAAUUGAUCUUUGUAGAGGUGUUUGUAGAGUUAGCUUAAAAUGGAGAUCAUUGGCUUUUGAUAUUAGUCUUUGGAGAGAUCUUUGUUUACAAAGAAGAUUACUCGAUGGUUCAAAUUAUGGUUAUUUCCCUCUAAUUGAUAAUCAAUUAACAAAUAAUAAUAAUAAUAAUAAUAAUAAUAAUAAUAAUAAUAAUAAUAAUAAUAAUAAUAAUAAUAAUAAUAAUAAUAAUUUAUUAUUAGAAUCUGAAUCAUUGUCAAAUUCAAAUAGUUCAAUUGGUUCAUCAUGUUCAACUUAUUCCUCCACUUCUUCUUCUUCCUCAAAACCUUUAUAUGGCGAUAAUUGGUACGUUGGUGAAUUUAGAAAAGAUAAUAAUUGGAGAAAAGGUAAAUAUAGUACAACUAUUAUUAGAGGCCAUAAAGAGAUUGUAUGGAGUUUAUUAUUUGAAUCCGAUUCAAAUACAUUAAUUAGUGGUAGUGAAGAUAUGACAGUAAAGGUUUGGGAUUGUAAUGGAAUAGGAUCAGGCGGUAACAAUAACGGUAUUGGUCAGUAUCAAGAUGAUAUUGAAGAUAGUAAAAAACGUUGUAAGAAAACAUUAACUGGUCAUAAAAAUGGUACCAUUUGUUUAGGUAGUACUCCAACUAGAUUAGUUAGUGGUAGUGCUGAUGGUAGCUUAAAAAUAUGGGAUCGUCAAGAGGGUAAUUGUUUGGAAACUAUUCAAACCCAUAGUUCUGUUUGGUGUUUACAAAUAAUGGGUAAUCAAUUAAUUUGUGGUUGUGUUGAUGGUACCAUGAAAGUAUUUGAUCUCAAUACUUCUGGUUGUGUACGUACAAUGAGAGGUCAUACAGCUCCAGUAAGAUGUUUACAAAGUGUCAAUCAUAAUGGUCAAGAGUUAAUAGUUUCUGGCUCCUACGAUAAAAGUAUUAAAAUUUGGGAUAUGAAUGGUACUUGUGUAAAUACAAUUCGAGCUCAUACCCAUAAAAUAAAUUGUUUACAAUAUGAAAAUGGUCAAUUAGUAAGUGGUAGUCAUGAUAGUUUAUUAAAGAUUUGGGAUAUGAAUGGCGGUUUAAUACAUACAUUACAAGGUCAUGAUAAUAUGAUUCAUUGUUUACAAUUUAAAGGAAAUAAACUAUUAAGUGGUUCAACCGAUAGUACCAUAAGACUUUGGGAUUUAAAAACUGGCUCACAUAUAAAUACUAUAAAGGGGCAAUCCGCAGUGUGUUGCCUAAAAUUUAAUGAUUCAAAAUUAAUUACUGGUUAUGAAGAUAGUUCAAUUAAAAUAUUUGACUUUUCUUAA